GUGCCAUAAAGCUGUUCUUGCGGUUGGUUGGCGGCUCACGCGUCGAGUCGUCCGAAUCCGAGACGCUCCUGCAUUCUGAGUUGGAUAUGUACCGCUCCUGCCUUUCUAAUGGGUGUCAGGUUUGAUCCCAGGACCACCUUCCAGGUUUCAUCCAAACUGUGGCCACGGGCAUUCAAAAGGCAGUUGCUGGCAGGCACCAGCUCAAAUCGCAGAACAACAACGGCUUUCGGAGGACAGACCGGUCGUGUUGUUUGUGUGCGUCUCAGGGUGCGAGAAAAAAAAGUCGAUUCGCCUAAAAAUCCCCUUCUCCCUCUCAACACAUCUACUCGCGUCUUCCUCCUCCUCAACUCCCACUUCAGCAUCGGCCGAGUCACAUCACUGUCGCUGACUCCCGGGUACACCCUUCUCUGCGUCUACUUCUACCCCAUCGGUAAUACGCCUGCCGUCUGCUUGACAUAGGCGCUGCCGCCGGAGAAGAAGGCCGAUGUUCUGCUCCUGGGAUCCGGCGAUGUCCGCAAUAUUCUCUUCACUGUCCACAGCGAUGGUAAGCAUUGCUCGGGAAAACACUGCC